UCCCUCCUUCCAUCCAUCCUCAAAAGGCAGCGUUUUUCUCUGAUUCCAUACUCGCCCAUGGGAAUCGAAGAUCCUUUGAAGAGCUUGCAGGAAGCCCUUGAUUCUGAUCCCAGCAAUCCCUCCAAUCACUUCAAUCUUGGGUUGUUGUUCUGGAGAAAGGGGGAAGAAGCUGGAGGGGAUGAAUCCAAGGAGUUGAAGGAUAGGGCAGCUGAGCAUUUUUUGGCUUCUGCUAAGCUGAAUCCUAGCGAUGGGGCUUCCUUCCGGCUUCUGGGGCAUUACUAUAGUCGGGUGUCUUUGGAUGUGCAGAGAGCGUCCAAGUGUUACCAGAGGGCAGUGUCGCUGGAUCCGGAAGACUUUGAAGCUGGGGAAGCAUUGUGUGAUUUGUUGGAUGCGAGUGGGAAAGAGAGCUUGGAGGUUUCCACCUGUAGGGAGAUAUCUGAGAAGUCCAGAAGAGCUUUCUGGGCAUUUCGCCGAUUGGGAUACUUGCAGGUGCACCAAAAGAAGUGGUUAGAAGCGGUGCAGAAUCUUCAGCAUGCAAUACGAGGGUAUCCCACAUGUGCAGAUUUGUGGGAAGCUCUGGGUCUUGCAUAUCAUCAUCUGGGGAUGUUCACUGCUGCAUUAAAGUCCUAUGGACGAGCAAUUGAGCUGGAGAAUUCAAGAAUAUUUGCAUUUAUACAGAGUGGGAACAUACAAUUAAUGCUUGGCUCUUAUAAGAAAGGAGUUGAACAAUUUCGCUAUGCUUUGGAUAUAGCUCCACAUGAUAUAUCUGCACAACUAGGCCUUGCGUCUGGGCUGCUUGGAUUGUCAAAGGAUUGUGUAAACUCUGGAGCAUUUGGGUGGGGAGCUGUGCUAUUGGAGGAAGCAUCGACUGUGGUGGAAGCUGGGACUCGUUUGACAGGAAACAUAUUUUCUGCUUGGAAGUUGCAUGGGGACAUCAAGAUUGCAUACGCAAAGUGCUUUCCAUGGGAAGGUGAAAGAAUUUGCCACGAAAUGAAUGAGGAAAUCUUUAGCUCUUCAAUCAGUGACUGGAAAAAGACAUGCCACUUGGCUGCAGUCAGUGCUAGGAAAUCAUAUCAACGAGCUUUACACUUGGUGCCAUGGCAGGCAAAUGUAUACACUGACAUUUCUAUUGCUUUGGAUCUCAUUGGUUCCCUUGAAGAAAGUUUCACUGCUGACACAGAUGUUUGGCAUCUACCUGAGAAAAUGUCUCUGGGUGGGUUGAUGCUUGAAGGAGCAAAUAGUGAGUUCUGGAUUAUCCUAGGAUGUGUAUCACACAGUUAUCCAUUAAAGCAACAUGCUCUUAUCAGAGGGUUACAGUUAGAUGGAUCCCAAUCUGCUGCAUGGGCUUUCCUUGGAAAGCUUUACAGAAUAUUAGGGGAUAAGAAAUUGGCUCGACAAGCAUUUGAUCAUGCUAGAAGCAUAGACCCAUCACUUGCUUUACCAUGGGCUGGCAUGUCUGUUGACUCUUCUGAUGGAAAAUAUUCAGUAGUUGAGGCCUAUGAAAGUUGUCAGCUGGCUGCUCAGAUACUGCCGCUUCCAGAAUUUCAAGUUGGUCUUGGAAUGCUUGCUGCCAGUUCUGGUCAGCUAUUAUCUCCACAGGUAUUUGUUGCUGUAAGACAGGCUGCUCAGCGUGCACCAUUUUAUGCUGAGUCACAUAAUUUAAAGGGUCUUGUAUAUGAAGCACGGCGGGAUUAUGACUUAGCAACAGGUGCUUAUAAGUGUGCACGAUGGGCCUUGAACACAAUGCGCAAUGCUGAUCCAGCUUUUAAAUCCUGUUUAACUGAUGUGUCAAUUAAUCUUGCCAGAUCUCUUUGUCAGGCAGGGCAUGCAAAUGAUGCUGUUCGAGAAUGUGAAGCUUUGAGGAUAAAUGGCACUUUUAAUGCUGAGGGUUUUCAAAUAUAUGCUUUUGCACUAUGGCAACUUGGAAGAAAUGACGAAGCCCUUGUGUUGGCACGUACUUUGAUAAGUAAUGUACCAACCAUGGAACGGAGAUAUGCUGUUGCAGCCCUUGGGCUGGUAUGCAAAUUGAUUUACUUCAUCUCAGGGCAGCAUUCUGUUUCUGCGGUAAUACAAAAACUCCCAAAGGAACUAUUGCGAAACAAAAGAAUGGGUUUUAUUGUGGCCACGUUGACUGCUUUAGACCCAAAUAGUCAACUUCAAAUGCUUCUUUCAAGUCUUCUUCAAACUGUUAAAUCACAUGAUGCAGCCACUGAAUUGCAUUCUAUAGUUGCUAUCAGCAAAAUGAUGACUAAUGGGCAGAUUCUGGAGAUUGAAAAUGGUUUGAAAUACUUGAGGAAUGUUCUUCAUGUCUAUCCAUCCAGCAGUUUGAUAAGAAACCAACUCAGUUCACUUCUACUAUCCAAAGAAGACUGGAUGGCUUCUGAGAGAGCCAUAAAAUGUUCUCUUGCAGCAACCAGGGAUCAUGUCAACAAUGGCCUCAAAUCAGCUUUUGAGAUUCAUGGUGCUGUCAGAGUUGCUUGCUAUGCCGGUGGUGCCACAUGUCCGAAGUUCUCCUUCUCCACAUGCAAAGACCAGCUUAUGCAAGGAACAAUGACAGUACAACAUCUGCAAAAAUGGUUGCAUCAAGAGCCGUGGAACUAUAAAGCACGCUAUCUUCUUAUACUGAACAUUUAUCAGAAAGCUCGUGAAGAAAAGUUCCCUCAAUAUCUUUGCACCACCUUAAAACGAUUAUUAGUUGCUGCUUUAUCCCAAGAAAUCUAUUUGAAGGAAAGUGAGCAAUGCCGGUAUCAAAAGUUUUUACUUCUGCUCUGUGCAUCAGAGAUCAGUUUGCAAUGUGGAGACCAUAUUGGCUGUUUCAAUCGGACUGAAAACGCAAUAGCGCUUGCCCCUUCUAACAGUGAUCUCUUUUUCGCACACUUGCAAUUAUGUCGUGCCUAUGCAGCACAAGAUGAUUUGCUGAAUGUCAAGAAUGAAUACAUGAUAUGUUUGCAGCUGAAGACAGCAAAUCUGAUUGGAUGGAUAUCCCUCAAAUAUCUUGAGUCAAGAUACAAAUUGCAGGAGAAUUCUAGUGCAGUCGACAUAAAUUUCCAGUCAUGCUUAGCACUGAAAAUGAAUUCCAAAAGCAUUUGGGGAGCUACAUUCAAUUUAGUGUGCGCUCAGUGCUCUGUACAUGAUCAAGAUGUUUUUCAUGCUGAAGAAACUCUGAUGGGGGUCUGUGCAGAGGAAAAUGCAGACAGUUGCCUUCUACUUUUUCAUGGGGCUGUGUGUAUGGAGCUUGCCAGGCAGCAGUCAGGUUCUCAAUUCUUAUUGCGUGCUGCAGCCAGCCUGACCAAGGCUCAGGAGAAUGCACCUGUGCCAUUGCCCAUUAUAUCAGCAUUAUUGGCUCAAGCUGAGGCAAGCUUGGGUGCUAGAACAAAAUGGGAAAGCAACCUUCGUCUCGAGUGGUUCUCUUGGCCACCAGAAAUGAGACCCGCUGAAUUGUAUUUUCAAAUGAGCUUACUUGCAAGACAACCUAACAAAGGAUCCAACCAAAAUUCCAAUGUAGAAUUAUCUCAAAGCUCAGAGAAAUGGCUUCUUAGAGCAAUACACCUGAAUCCUUCUUGCCUGAGGUACUGGAGGGUAUUGCAGAAGCUCAUCGGGUUCAUGAAACAAAAGUCCCCCUUUUAUGAUCUUUGUCUGUUAAUAUGUGGACUUUCACAUGUAGACUAAUCUUUUGUACUGGAAAUUGUUUGUCAAAAGAUGUUUCAUUCUGGUGGAAACUUUGGAAAAAGUUUAGGUUAUCA